UCUCUUCCAGCACACGCUCAUACUCCUUCCCUCUGAUGCCGACUGGAUGCAGACCGGGGGAUCUCCAGCAGCCUCCUUAGUCGGUCCACCCCCCCUUCCUCCUCCUCCUCUUCCUCCUUCAACAUUCGGCGCUUCUGCUCCACUGCCUCCUCUCUUCUCCUGCUCCUCACCACCAAGAUGUGGCGCUCGGUGGCUCUGCUCCUCUCUGGAUUCUCUGCUUUGAUUCACGUGUCGUUGCAGGGUCCCCACCAGAGGAGCCUGUUAAAGAACCUCCUGAAGGACUACAACCGGAUGGAGCGACCGGUGGGCAACGACUCCCAACCGCUCACCGUUGUCUUCACCAUCAGCUUGAUACAGAUCAUGGACGUGGAUGAGAAGAACCAGGUUCUCACCACUAACAUGUGGCUACGGAUGAGUUGGUUCGACCACUAUCUCCAGUGGAACCAGAGCGAACAUCCCGGAGUGAAGAACCUCCGCUUCACCACAGACCAGAUCUGGACCCCAGACAUCCUGCUCUACAACAGUGCAGAUGACGACUUUGACUCCACCUUUAAGGUCAAUGUUCUGGUGAACUCCAGCGGCUACGCCGAGUAUCUGCCUCCAGGAAUCUUCAUGAGCACUUGCAACGUGGACGUUCGCUGGUUCCCUUUCGACAUCCAGAAAUGCGAGCUGAAGUUUGGCUCUUGGACCUAUGACGGCUGGUUGCUGGACCUCCAGAUGCAGGAUGCUGACAUCUCAGGCUACAUGCCCAAUGGAGAGUGGGACUUGAUCGGAGUUCCUGGCAGCAGAAACGAGGCGUACUAUGACUGUUGUAAGGAGCCUUACCAGGAUGUGAAGUUUAUUGUGACGAUACGGCGGCGGACGCUCUACUACGCCCUGAACCUGCUCAUCCCCUGUGUGUUGCUAUCCUCGAUGACCCUGCUCAUCUUCGUGCUGCCGGCUGACUCUGGGGAGAAGAUCUCAUUGGGCAUCACGGUGCUGCUGUCCCUCACGGUGUUCAUGUUGCUGGUGGCAGAGAUCAUGCCAGCCACGUCGGACUCGGUGCCCCUCAUAGGUCAGUACUUUGCUAGUAUAAUGAUCAUCGUUGGGAUGUCCGUCAUUGCCACAGUGGUGGUACUGCAGUAUCAUCACCACGAUCCAAAUGGAGGAAACAUGCCAAAAUGGGUGCAGCUGGUCUUGCUGCAGUGGGUAGCAUGGUUCCUGCGUAUGAAGCGUCCAGGAGAGAGCGAGGACCCCGAGAGGCCCCCGUGUGCCCCCCACUUGCGGCGAUGCUCCUCGGGCUCCCACAGCGGGAGCAUCCCGAAUCCACCGGACCCCACCCUCCAUCCACUGCACCCACAGAACCUGGCUCCACUCCACGCGGUGCAUCCUCACCUCCACGCCCAGUCGAGUGCUAAUAACAACGGGAACCUGCUCUACAUGGGUUACCAGAGCAUGGAGGACCCUUCAAUACUGUCCGAGACUCUGCAGAGAAACAACAUCUCCGUGGGGGCUCAGCGGGUGUCGGGUAGCCCGCCUCCUCACCUCCCAUCUCAGUUCUGCAGUUCCCCACUACCCCCCAUCCCCAACAUGGACACUCUAGGCUGCCCCAGCACCGUCUCCAGUGGUGGGGGGUUCGGAGGUGGGCCCGGAGGGGUCGGCGGGUGCUCGACUGCAGGGCUGGGAGAUGCCCAGCUGCAGGCCAUCUUGGAGGAGGUACGUUACAUGGCGGACCGUUUCCGGGAGCAGGACGAGACGGAGAGCGUGGCUGACCAGUGGAAAUUUGCCGCGGCUGUAAUCGACCGCCUGUGCCUGGUGGCGUUCAGCGUUUUCAACAUCAUAUGCACCAUCUCUAUCCUCAUGUCAGCUCCAAACUUUGCCGACGCCAUUUCAAAAGACUUUAUUUAAAAGGCAAAAAGUUAAAAGAGGAGGAGAAGCGUGAAGAAAAGGAUGAAGGGAAUUAAAUAUAGGAUGAAGGAUUGUGUGGGCCCGGAUCCAAGGAAACCCAAUUUUCAGCUGACUGUAAGCUCUGUGAUUUGUGACUGCAAAGAAGUUUGAAAUAGUAAAAAAAAAAGGUUUUCUUUGCAAUACAUUCUGUUUUCUAACCGAUUUAAAAGAAGAAAAACAGAUGACUAAGUGGGAUACAGCGUGAACUUAAAUGAGGUUAUGCCUAGCAGGGUGCUUUGUCAGUUUCUUGACAUGGUGAAAUUGUUUCUUGUGGUAGAUUCAAAGACUUUACCCACAAAAAUGAGGAAAGAAAUAUUCAAUGAGAGGAAAGGAAGAGAAGAAGUUCAAGUAACAAAGCUUCUAAAGCAGGGGAGAGAUACAGACAGAAAAACACUCUUUCUCGUGAGGAGGGAAGCCAUUUCGUCGCUCCCACAUGUUGGUAUCGGAUUCCAUCGUUUAAGAGCGGACUCCUUCAUUAACAGGAGGAGGAGCGCGGGGAGAGGAUGAAAUGAAUUUUAUCAACAACAAAGCGCGAUGUUGAAUGAACCAGACUUCCCAUCUCGGUUGGGAGGAGUAACCCGCUGGAUGCUCGGAAAUACAAAAUUGGACUGAUGACCGGGAAGCAGAGAAGAAGAGAAGAGGAUCUCAUCUAUUAUUAAAUCACAUUCAUCUGAUGACCGUCAAAUUGAAAGACCUUGGGUAAUCUUUAAGACUAAUAAGCUUUUAAAAGAUGAAGUCCCCCCUCCUCCUCAACGCAAACCACUUUACAUUUCCAAAGCCUUAUCUCUUUCAGACGAUUAUCCAAUCUGCAACAAUCAGCAGAGAUCAAAAGCUUCUUCGCAGCGGGCAAAGUGUGCCUCGCUGAUCCCGACCGGGAAACUGAAUUAAGCGGUCAUCAACAGCGCAGGGACCAGUAACUGCCCCACAGUGGAGGCUUGGACCACCUAACUGUAUCUGGCAGGUCGUUAUGGACCUACAGAUCUCAUAUUAAAGGUUCAAUAUCUGACAUGGGAAGUCAGGUCUUUAAACAUGAGAGGGAUACAUAGAUAAGACCCAAUCCUCUAUUUUCUGAGGAAAGCAAUGUCAAAAUCAAAAUUCUGUCUGAUCCAGUCAAGAGGUUGUAGCAUCAAAUUAAAUAUGAGAUGAUUAUGGAGCAAAAUCUUUCAUUAAAUUGAGUGCAGUUGAUUUAAAGGUUUCACAGAAUAUGUCUUUGACAAGGUUGGGUUUGAGGUGUCUGCUAGCAGUUUGAAUGUGUGCUGAAUGCAUAGCUAGCAGUUCAGUUUAAGGAUGGCGGUCUAUUACACCAUUCACAGUAGGCAAUUUUAAUUGCAUCAGACUUCCAAUCUUUGUUUAAGGUUAUGCCUUCCCUAAUCCAGAGAGAAAGGUCUGUGACAUGUACAAAUUCUGCUAAACCAAUUCCAGUAUUACAAAGGCAAUAAAAGAUGAAAGACCAAAUAAUGGGGGGAUUUUGGACAAGUCCCAAGAUUAGAAGGAAAUUAUGAGUCAGGAGUUGAGGUAAAAGUGCACCUUUAACAGCUCUAUUCUGUAACAUUAAGCGACAGUAAUGGCUGGGUCUCUCAAUGCUUUCCUGAUUUCAAGAUCAGUAACAUUGACUUGAAUAUAAGUGUCUAUGUGGAAGAAGCUGGUGUGCCCAGCCACUGAAAGUAAAUGUAGAAAUAUGGGAUACAUUUUAGAGGAUCUUUCUGUAAAAACAAUAGUUCAUUGAUUAACUUACAUAUUAGGUCCCGGCUUCGUAGUCCACAAACCAAAACUAGUAAAAACAAAUGUAUUAGCAUUAGAAACUGGAUCAAAUGUAUUUUCUUGCAUUGAUACCCACAAAUUACAAACUAGGCUGAGCUCACUAUUCAUUUUAAGCAAAGACAAAAGCUCGCCUUGCCAUAGCUGGAAUAAUUAGUCACAAACCCAACAACCCCUCAAGAGUUACUUUGUAUCAUUUAUAUUGUCAAUAAAUCUCAUGAGGAACAUAAGUUAUGUUACAUUGUGACGUGCAGCCUCAUGAUUUGCUUCUAAAUCCGCAAGGGCAUAGUUUCAUGUUAAGUCAUUUUCUAAAAAAGCAAGGCUCAAACGUUUUCUGGCAUGGAAUUGGCCCUGGACUAUUUUCAGCUAUGGAUUAAUAGGAAUUUGAUGUGGUUCUCUAGCUAAUGCUUAAAAGAGCAGAGCGGUGCAUGAAACACUUGGCUUGACUGAAAGAUGAAAGCGUGGACAAGCGGUCAACUCUACAAUGUGUUUUUCAUAGUUUUUGAAAAAUAAUGUGGUUGGUUUACUGGCCACUUAUAAGGAAUCCCAGACACGUCCCCAGAUGAUACUUGUUAGUUAUAGUAUAAAUGAGCGGCUCAGUUCGGUAUUUUGCGGGGAUUUGACGGCAGUGAUAAAAGCGUAGAACAGCGGCAGCCUCAUCCUGUGAGUCUGCUUAUUAAGCGCAAAGAUCCAACAGGACAAAAUAGGUUUAAUAAAUUCCUGACUUACACCCUCUCUGGGGACUUGACACAUUUACUAUCCACAUAGCGUGCGCAGAGACAGUUUUACAAAUACUUUAUCUCUAUAGCGCUCCACGUCUUCCGUCUCCUCUCUCUUCCUCUCUGAAGUCGAGUGUCCCAGCAGGCGGAAAGCAGCUUCCUGCUGGAAGGUUUGUAGAAAGAUAUUUUCCCCUCCAGCGUAUACUGACACCUAAACCCUGACAUCUGUUCAUUACCCAUCCUGAAAAUAAAGGAUUCUCCCCUUUUUUCUACCACCUUUGGUCUGCUCCCUGUCUUCGCUGUUGACAGUGGAUGGCCCUACACCCAAAAUGAAAAGAAAAAUGACAGAGAGAGGAGAUAAGAGGAGGAGAGAAAGUGCUGACUGUAGUGAGAGCUGGACGGGGCCUUAAUUGAUCACUCGUUCAGGG